AAGAAAUCAAAUUGGUUUAUACUAGCUCGUAAAAACGAUAUUGGAUAUUGGAAAAAAAAGAAAGGCGCCAUUUACCGUCUUUUUUUCUACGUAUGGCCUUCCUAAAGUUGUCAACCCACAGUGCUUUCAGGAUUCACAGUUUCUGCCGAAUUUCGGCUGCUUUUUUUCCUAGUUCUAAAAGAUUCAUCUGUUUAACCAAAUCAACGCAUACAGAUUUGAACCCUAUGAAACACAUCCUGAAAGAAAAUAAUAUACCUGAAGCUGAUAAGAGACAGAUAGAGAAGGAGGUCGAAGAAAUGACAAAGGAUUGGGUUUCGGCUGGUUAUCAUACGACAGACAAGGAAGAAGACAACUAUCUACGUCAACUUGUACCAUUCAUACUUUUCACACUUUUUCUAUGUCCACUAGCAUUACUUAUAUAUUAUACGCCAGACCGAAAUUAUUCUGAAUGGUCGUGGAGAGAAGCAUUUUUAGAAAUUGAAAGACGUAAAAGAGAUGGUUUACCUCUUGUGGAUAAAGAUCUUAUUCCAGCCUCUCAAGUGAAACUACCUACAGAUGAAGAGCUUGGAUCUGAUUUCAAGAUUAUUAUAUAGGCUAGAAUAAUUCUCACCGGCGGCUACUGCGGCGGCAGAGGGGAGAUUCUUACAUUCUUUAAUAAAUUAGUUCAUUACUCCUUUACUUGUUAUUUUAUCUGUCAGUGUACAUAAUUGGACAAUAGAAUUGAAAUAAGACUUCA